AAACGACUAUAUAUGGGUCGUUGGCCUAUGUAUCUGUGUGACAGAGUGUGAAUGAAGAGUUAAUUAGAUAAGAGGAAAAGAGUGGGAAAAUUGAAGAGAGAGAAAGAUGGGGGAAGUAGUUGAAGACGGUUCCGCUGUUCAUCCGCCAAGGCAUCAGGCACAGGCGAUACAGGCCCCUCCCAUGCUGAUGCAGUACAAUUCACCUUCUUUGUCAAGAAAUCCGCUGUUGCUAUCAGAACAACAUGAUGGAGAUGCAGCAAACAGAGCCCAAAAAUCAUCUCAUCAAGCUCCCAACUUCCUCAGCCCCUUGGGUACUCCACUUAGGAAGGCUAUCCAACUCACCAAGCUUGACCCGCAGGAUGCCUGGCUUCCCAUCACCGAGUCAAGAAAUGGUAACGCCUACUACGCUGCCUUUCACACUCUUUGCUCCGGAAUUGGAAUUCAAGCCCUUGUCCUUCCGGUGGCCUUCACCAUUCUUGGGUGGACAUGGGGAAUAAUAAGCCUGAUAGUGGCUUUCAUAUGGCAGCUUUACACGCUAUGGAUAUUGGUCAAGCUUCAUGAAUCUGCGGAAACUGGGAUGCGCUAUAGCAGAUAUCUCCAACUCUUCAGUGCUACUUUUGGUGAGAAAAUGGGCAAGCUGUUCGCCCUGUUUCCAAUCAUGUAUUUAUCAGGAGGCACAUGCGUUGCACUGAUUAUCGUUGGCGGUUCAACCAUGAAGCUUUUCUUCCAAAUUGUUUGCGGGCAUUGCUCUGCCAAGCCGUUGACAACCGUGGAGUGGUAUUUAGUGUUUACGUGUGCAGCAGUCGUCCUAUCUCAGCUACCCAACUUGAACUCCAUCGCUGGAGUCUCCCUGGUCGGUGCGGUCACCGCCAUUGGCUACUGCACAACGAUGUGGAUGAUUUCUGUGACUGAGGGAAGGCUCGAUGAGGUGUCUUACGAUCCAAUCAAAGAAGAAGACAACAUGGCUAUGAUAUUCAGCGUUCUAAACGCCCUGGGGAUCAUUGCUUUUGCUUUUAGAGGCCACAAUCUUACGCUUGAAAUUCAGGCGACCAUGCCCUCCAGUGAAAAGAAACCAUCUAAGAUACCAAUGUGGACAGGGGUGAAAGUUGCAUAUUUGAUCAUUGCAUUGUGCCUGUUUCCUCUUGCGGUUGGAGGAUAUUGGGCUUACGGUCACAAGAUACCUGCAAAUGGUGGAAUGCUGACAGCAAUUUAUCAGUACCAUGGACGUGACACUUCCCAAGCUGUCCUAGCCUUAACAAGCUUGUUUGUCAUAAUUAACGCUGUGAGCUCUUUCCAAAUCUAUGGGAUGCCGAUGUUUGACGACAUGGAAUCCAAAUACACCAAGAGGAAACACAAGCCAUGUCCAUGGUGGCUCCGGGCAGUGUCUAGGACCAUGUUCGGAUACGGUUGCUUUUUCGUGGCAGUGGCAAUCCCUUUCCUGGGCAGUCUAGCAGGUUUGAUCGGAGGGAUCGCGGUUCCGGUGACCUUCGCUUAUCCAUGUUUUAUGUGGCUCAGGAUUAAGAAGCCUGAGAAGUAUAGCGUAAUGUGGUGGGUGAACUGGGGACUAGGCCUCUCAGGCACUGUUCUCAGCGUUGUACUCAUAGCAGCAGGGGUUUAUGUUGUGAUCGACACAGGGGUUGAAGUCAGCUUCUUCAAGCCUCACUAAAACUGAUCAUUGAUUAGGAAAGGUAGACCUAUUGAUCAUCUCAGAUUUCAGUCUGUUAAUUCGGUUGAACUUCAUAUUUUAAGAAAUUCGUGAUCAUGGUUAUAUGUCAAUACUUUGUUUCU